GUCCAGGAAGCGGAUGUUUGAGGUCUUCUCGCACUGGGUCUGGGAGGGAGUGGGAGCAGCCAAGUCAUAAUAACCGGGAGAGAGCUGAGCUGGCCCCGGCCGCUGAGACUUGCUGCAGACCCCAUGCUAGGUGAUUGUAGGACUUGUCCCUAGAUACAGGGCAUAUAACCUGUGCGAUAGACAUGGGCACUGCACAGAGAGCUAAAUCACAGCGGGCUGGGACUGUGUAACACAAGGAGCAUGGAAAUACAGGAUGCCGAACACAUAAUAACAACAAUAAUAAUAACAAUAAUGAUAACAAUAAUGAUAAUAUAGAAACUAUGUCGAUAUUUAAAAAAUUAUAUUAAAUCAGGAAUUGGGAACAAACAACACUGGAAUCCUCAUAGUGAAAGAUAAAACAGAAAAUGGUUUCUUGGUAAAAACCUAUUACACCAUUUAUUUAAAAAAUAUAUGCCUUGAUGCUAUGCAAAGGGGCAAAAUCUACACACAUGUAGUUAGUGGGGUUACAAAAUUAGACCUUCUGGAAAAAGAAAACUUUACUAAAUUAGAGGACCCUGACCCUAUGUGUUUGUGUUUUCUGACCUGUGGAUAUUGUGCUUUCCAUGAGUUGGUGCUGAAUUCAAAAUCUUUUCAAAUCAUUUCUAUAUGUGGAUUGAGAAACUGGAAACACAUCAUGUUAUGUUAUUAGGUUAUUGUUUAUUUUAAUCAAAUUGUUAAGCCGUAGUUGCUUUUUGAUGUAAAAUCAUCUUACCCAAUUUAUUUAUUUUUCAUUUUUAUUGCCCAGGAUGCAACAUGGCAGCAGCUAUGGAAACAGAACAAGUUGGGGUAGAGGUAUUUGAAUCUGCAACUGGCCAUGGGAGUGCAGAGUCUAGUGGAGCAGAUGCCACUCCUGAACCAUUUUAUGUGGAACGCCACUCAUGGAGUCAGAUGCGCAAAUUGCUUGCUGACACCAGGAAGUACCAUGGAUUCAUGAUGGCAAAGGCACCUCACAGCUUUACAUUUGUGAAAAGAAAUGAUCCUGAGAGUCCUCACUCUGAUCGCAUGUAUUAUUUGGGUAUGUGUAAUGCAAGUAGCAUGCUAAUUACAUGUAUAAGCAUAGCUCCAUUUUUGUAUAGAGACUGAAACUGGUUAUGCUUAUUCUGUGAUUCCUAGGAUGCCAAUCUUUAGUCUCUACUUUAUCAUGCAUUAUCAUGUGGUAUGGGUUUUAUGCAUCAGCUAUGUGCAAGAUGCCCAUCUUUUAUUUUUAUUUCUUUGUAUAUUGUGUCUGAUGAUGCAGAUUAUUUUCUUGGUUAGACAUUCUCACAACCAUGCCCUACAAUACCAUGUACUCCCAAUGUACUUUGGAGUCCUUCUAUUUACCUUGUUUGCCACUAUGGUUCAAAACAAUCUAGUAUUUCUGGUAUCUGUUACACACGGUCUAAUUAAUCUACCCAGUUUAAACACUUGCUUAAUGGGAGGCCUGACAAUCUUCCUAGUUAAAUAUUGUGCCUUUCUCCUGAGUUUCAUACCUACAUUUCCCACCUAUUUUUUUCUUUCUUGAUGCUGUGCGAGAUUCUUAACGCCUGUUGCAAGGAUUUUCCACGUUUGAUCCAAUUUAGUUAUACAAGUAAAACUAUAUUGAUUUUAUUUGACAAAGACUGCUCAAGGAUAUUUUUGGAACUUGACUAUCAACUGGAAUGCAGCGCUUAAUAGACAUUACAUUCUCAUCAUUGCCUUAUUGAGAAUAGAAUGGAAUGCAAUGUCUGUAAUUUUAUUAAAAUCCUGGGCCAGCAGCGAGUGGAUUGGUUCACAUAUACACCAAUAUUGAUACAGAUAUAUUUUACCUAUUUAGUUGGGAAACAUACUUUACAUACCAACAGUGCAGAAAUGCAUCUGAUCUUUCCAUUUUACAUUUUAUUUUAUUUUUUAACAUUAUCUCAGAUGGAUUGUUUUUGCAAACAGUGGAAAAACUGCUUGAAUAACUGUGCUUUACUUGUCUCCACUUCCAAGAGGAAAUUGUAAGAGACAGCUAGCAAGUAACAUGCGACUAUUUUUAAUCUAUUUACAGUGUCUCUCAGUUAUGAGAAUCCUCUAUAUACACUUGAUAGAAAAUAAAGCAAAUGGAAAAUCAACAACGUACCUGUUGCUUAUUUUGAUUUUUCACUCAAACUUGAGGAAACUACUAAGCAUUCUUAUUAUGUAUACUCUGUGCUCACGUAUUCUUCUGUAUAUAAUGCUAUUAAGGAGACCAUAAGCUGAGAGAUUUCAUGGUUGAAGUGAUGUCACACAAGUAGGUUUAGAGUCUGGGGAUUUUAUGCAAGCAAUUAGCAUUUAAAAAUGAGUAUCUGUUUUACAGUGAACUUAUAAUCAAAAUGUUUUACUUGCGUUAAAUGAGCACCAAAUACAUAAUGUAUCUCAAAAAUACAUGAAGUAAUAUUGAGAUAUGUAAAAUAUAUUGAGAUAUACUCACAUCCAGUACCGUCAUCUUCUGACCUUCAUGAAUGUUACUCUUUAUGUAACACCCACAUCUGAUCCGUAAUCCAACUUUAUAUGAUUUGCCCUGCUUGGGGAGGCUUCCCAAAGCAAGGAAAACCUCCUGUGUGAUACAAACAUGCAGGCUUCAUUGCCAGCAUGCUGACAUCACUCUGUUUCUAUACUCCCUAGCUAGUGAUAGGAGCUUCAGCUAUGGCGUUUCCAUAGAAACAACAGCAUGUGCGCUGUGGUUGCUUUGCUGGGAAGAGUAGAAGGACAGCCUGUUUAAAAAAGAUUGCACAAUCAUUUUCAGAGAUAUAUUGAAUGAAACACUGUUUACAGGUCCAUUUAGAUUUUUGUUUAUCUCCCCGAUAGUAUUUAUUAAUUUAGAUGAGGAAUGGGAUUCCUCCCUUUGCUCCCCAGCUCUUACUGUCUCAUUACAAUGUUAUUUCAUUGUUUACUGGUUCAGGCCUUACAGUAGCUACUUUUUCACUUAUAGAAUCAAUCACAAGUAAUGGGUCUCAUAAAGGAGGCAAUAUGUAUUGAAUGUUGUGAUUUUUGACAGUUCACUUAUAUUGGAAUGUUGACUAAACUGAAAUUAUUAAAACACUGGUUUUAAUAAGUUUUGAUAAGCUUAAACCUUUCUAUCCUCCUCCCUCCCCCCAUCAAAAUAAAAAAAAAAGCUAGAAAUUACCUGCAUUCCAGCGGCAAGGCCAAGCUCUUCCCUUAUCUUAUCCUCCUCCGCUGAUGUCACUCACAUUGGAUGUAGGAUGAGGACAUGGGCUGCAUGGAGAACGUUUGCUUGCUAGUGACUCUCCAAUGCUGCUGCUGGAGGUUGCCUUUUACUUCCAAGACUUUAUAUUUUGUAUUUGAAAUUGUCUUGUGUGUAAUUUUAUGGCAAUACAGGAGGCUUCAUAUUUGCUUUUGUCGUUUAACCAUUCACUGAAUACUGGUCAAGCAUCUUGCAUUUAUAUAUGGAAGGUCUCAUUUGUUUCUAUUAUUCUAUCUAAUUGUUAUAGUUUUUGGUGCACAUAACUCUCUCAAUUUUAUCUGCUGAUGCCUUUUGUUUUAGCAAUGUCUGGAGAGAAUAGGGAAAAUACCUUGUUCUACUCUGAGAUUCCGAAAAACAUAAAUCGGGGAGCGGUCUUAAUGCUGUCGUGGAAACCACUUCUAGACACAUUCCAGGUGAGAUAACAUAGGCAUUUUCUGUAACUUCAUAAUACUAGUACAUAGAGCAAGGGUAGGCACCAUUUGGCAGUCCAGAUGUUGUGGACUACAACUUCCUGAUGCUUUGCCAGCAAUAAGGCUGAAACAUCUGGAGUGCCAGAGGUUGCCUACCUCUGAUCUACAGUUUGCAAUUUUUUUUUUUUUUUUAAAGUUGUGGUAACACACAUACUAUGUGGUUCUAAUGAGUGCUCAUUUAAAAUCAUGCCACUACAGCACUGUUUAUAAAGUCUGGAGUUCCCAAAGUUUUUGUUAACUCUGUAUGCCCUUUCACUUCUGCUCCAUCCUCUGGUUACGGGACUUGGCAUUUAAAUUUAAAGGGUGACUCCACCCAGAAACAAUAUAAAAUAUUGUUUUGGUUGGAAUAACCAUGGCUGAUUAAAAAAAAAAAAAAAGAGAGAGAGAGAAAUUGAAGAAAACUUACCUGUGAUCCCAUGCCUAUCCAAAGUUUGAUUUCACACUUGACAGAACUCCUCCUACUGCAGGGGGACGGAUAUUCUGAAGGCAGGGCUGAGGAAGGAUUUAGCGUGGCAUGAGGGUGCGGCGUUGCCGCCAUUGGAUGACUGCUGCCAGCAUGCUAUGACAGAUGUUUUUCAUGUGCAAAGAUCACUUUAGCUCUUGUUCUGGGCUGGUAAUGACACUGCUAGAAGUGGUAUUACACCUCAAAUAUAAAGUAUAAACUACUGCAGCACACCAGUAGCUAGUCAAAAUAUUGACUAUUCGUUAAAAAAAAAAAUCAUAGAAUAUAAUAGGGUAAUGCACCUUACCCAAACACUGUGUAAUGUAAUAGUACAUAGUGACAGAAUAAUAAAACAAAAACAUGAAGCAAACCUAUCCAAUGAGCAAAAAAACAUGAAACAAAUGAUGCAGGUCAAAUGUAUAGAUACCAAAAUUAAAUAACUAGUGAAACACUGUACAUACAGACUGCAAGCACCAUGAACUCUUCAAAUCAUGAAUUCCUUGCUGGUGGUUGGAAUAUAGGGAUGUGGCAUUCGUAUCAAUCGACACCAAGGACAUAUGAUUAUGGGCUCCGAGCAGGCACUUUUAAUCUGUCUUUAGCUCUGCUGCCGGAAAGCGGCAAGGCUGCUACAGGGGACAUGUGGCUUUGUGUUCCAAGGGGCGGACUGAUUACCUGAAAUCCUCGGAGUCUUGCCCUUACUUUGUAGCCAGGAUCAAUUGCUAUCCUUCCCUCUGUCCAACCUCCAGCUCUGCUUUGUGGAGGGGCGGGACAUAUCGCAUUUAUCCUGCCUGACUGGCUGGAGACUGGGUUGAGCAAUAUGGAGCAGACACACUAAUUGGGGUGCAUUUGGGGAGGGCCACUGUCACGAGCGUGGGCUAUAGGCCCAGCUGAGACAGUGGGGAGAGUGUGGAAGUGACAGGGUUAAUGACACCAGACCCCUGGUUACCUGUUGCUAGUGCCAGCAACCACUCAAUUAACCCCUGCAAUCCCUUCUACACUAACCCCCUAGUACACACUUCACUGCCACCACCAAGACUUUAAACCCGGGCGUCUUAGGUUACCCCACACACAGGAGAAUUAUAGAAUCACAGUUCUACUUUUACUGAUAAAACACAUAUAGUUAACCCUUUUUGGUAACGUGUUUACCUGAGCUUUCCUCUGGAGAGUGAAGCUCAUAGAGAAAAGAGACACAAGCUGAUUAAGUAAACAUUUAAUCUGACAAAAAAGAUUCACAGUGUUGAGUACAAAAUUCAGAAAUAAAUGACAUACAGAUAACAAAUUGCAAAACAGUACAUAAAAUAAAAUAGGAGAAAACACAAGAAAUGCCUUACAUGUAGUUACCCCAUAUAGGAGUCUUGUGGGAGUCUUAGAUGGUAUAGGUCUCCUAGAAGUUGCUGACCAAAGCAAAAUGAAAAACUCUCUGGAUAGUCCAGCACCCUCAUUAAGAUAUCUAAACUAGUUGUUGCUCAGUGGGCAGACCGGAGGGGGGGAGGAAUCAGAGGGGGUUGGUCUGGCAGUUUAUUGCCCACUCUAUGAAAUUCCUUGUGUCCAGCUCUGGUGAAGGCUAUCUAGAUGUUUUAUGGUCUAGGCCUGGUGCCAGAUCAAAGACCACAAUAAAAGUCAUCCCAAAGUUUACAGAAAAACAACUUUUAACAUAUAUCAAUACAUCAAACACCAACUCAUGCUUUUGGCAUAACAGCCACUAAUGAGGGAGGUUGGGGACAGGGACACUAAUGAGGGAGGCUGGGGGUAGGGCCACUACUGAAGAAGGUUGGGGGCAGGGCCACUAAUGAGGGAGGUUGCGGGUAGGGCCACUUAUUGGGGUUGGUUUGAGGCAGGGAACCAAAUGGGAUGAGUUAGGGACAGGCAUAGAAAAGGGAGUGGGUUAGGGGCAGGGUAAAUGCAAAGGCACUAAUUUGGUGAGUGUUAUUGCAGGGCUUGACAAAUUUGCUUGAAAUCCAGCCAGAUUUUCAACAAACAUGACAAAACUCUGAUGAUGUGCACCAAAUGCACGAGCACUGAAACACAAUUAAGCCGAGCCAGAUAAAUACCAGUUGAUGGUUUCUCAUGUAGACAGAAAUCAUCUUAGAGUCUAUGCUAAUAGUCCGUCUGCCAGGAGGGAGGCGGAGCAUAAUUUUACCUUUUUUUUUUUUUAAAUGGAGAAAUCUAUACAUUUGCUUGCAAUUUGGGUAGCACAAUGUAUAGCUGAAAUAUGAAGAGGAAUUAAUUAACGCCAAGUAGAAAGAGGCAUGUGAUGUAGUGGUUCUCUCUCAUAGAUCUAUAGAUCAUCAUAAUCACUUUUUGAAUUCUGUUCCUUCUGCAGGCUACUCCAGAUUAUGGCAUGUAUUCCCGUGAGGAAGAGCUGCUUCGGGAGAGGAAACGCAUUGGCACUGUGGGCAUAUCUGCCUUUGAUUACCAUGUGGAGAGUGGGACCUUCCUAUUCCAGGCUGGCAGCUCUAUCUAUACAGUGCGCGAUGGCGGUACAUGCGGGUUCACGGUAAGGUCCCUCCUUGUCUGCAAAUGUUGAAGCUGCCCUUCUUGAAAAAGUAAUUGCCUGAUAAGCCAGCUGAUCAUAGGAAUGAUUUAAAACGGAGUACAUUUCCACAAUCAGUAUGUGUGUUAUGUAGUUGAAAUACAGUUACUGACUGACUAGAAAGAGAACAUAUUCAAGUAAAUUAUAUUACAGACAUCACUAGUUUCAGGAGUAAUUUGGCCAACACAAAUACGAUGUUAAUAGGUGUGACUGGAAGCAUUGAAGAUAUACUAGAAAAAAAUGGACUAUAAAGUCAAUUCAAGUGCUGUUAAGGAACAAAAGAUGGGCAUGCAAAAGUUCCGACGUACGCUUCGCCGUUCAGGAGGCCCUUUAAUAGAAGCACCCUCUACAGUGAUAGGACGACAAAUUAGCUCAUCAGAAACCAAAAAGAAAGAAGUGCGUCAAUGGCUAUCAGUCCUGCACAUAAAGGGUGUGUUGAGCAAAUAUAAGAAGGUGCAGAUAUGACUGGAAAGAAGGGAACAUCCCAAAAUAUAGUAAUUUGAAUAACAUUUUAAUAAAGUAAAAAUAAAACCUUUUAGUAAAAUUGCCAUUUAUGAGAAAGGAGCCCUAAUAAAGUACAAAAUACCUAGCUUGUAUGGGUUAUAGCUAUAUCAGUUUAAUAAACUAUUGGUCGCUGUGGAUUUCCUCUGUAAAAAUGUAGAAAUGUUCCCAUCCUUAGUCAAUAAAAUUGAAAGUUUGGAAAACAUAUAUUUCUGUAUGUUUUUGCUUGGUAUUUUGGCUUUUAAGAAGACUUAUAGUAUUUAUCUUAUUAUUUCUCUUUUCCUCCACCCUUUUUAAACUAGGCUUCUUAGAUUUAAUCUUCCAGGUACAUUGGUUAUUUUUAUUAUCUUCACAGGAGGGGCUGGUUGUUAUUUUGUGCUGUAUUAUGGACCCUUUCUGAUAAAUGCAAUAUUUACUGUAAUGCAUUAGUUUUUAUUUAUUUAAUUUAUUUUUAGUUUAUUAUUCAUUGUUGUUGGUUUUUUUACUUUGGGAGUGACUGCACAUAGUAUAUUUUUCAUUGUUUUCAAUUGUAUCAAGGGCUCAGAGAAUGUUAGCUUUGAACCAAUAGGUUCUAUACGUACCUAUAAUAUGUAUCUGGCAGGUUGGCAGUGCUUGUUACAUUGUGGCAUUGCAAUUAUUUGGGCUGUCACAUUAAUUAGCUUUUGGUGAGAUAUGAUCAGUACACUACUUCCCUUUUUUGUGCAGUGAGUGAUCUCUUCCUUCAUUUCUCCUACUUGGUCUCACUAGUUAUGCAUCAGUGUGGUCUUUAAAAGGACACUAUAGGCACCCAGACCACUUCAGCUCAUUGAAGUGGUCUAGGUGCAGUGUCCCAUGCCGCUUCACCUUGCAAUUGUAAUUAUUGCAGUUUGUGAUACCUAUUGCAAUAAUUACUCUGCAGGGAUUACUCCACCUCUAGUGGCUGUCUAUCAGACAGCCACUAGAGGGACUUCCAGGUGGUAAGAUGACUUUUGGUCAGUCUUUACAUGAGGACAUCCAGUGUCACCCAAAACCCAAUAGGAAAUUAUUACACAUUGCUUUCCUAUGGGAGAAGUUCAAAUGCAAGCGCCAGGCAUGCGCUUUAGGUAUCCCCCACCAGCUGACGUCUGCAGAGGAGGAAGCGGAGGCUGAGCCUGAACCAACGUCGAAGGACAUCUCCACUGGAAUAAGGUAAGUGACAGGGUUAUUAACCCCUUCUCCCCCACGGUGUAUGGGGGGGUGGGCAAGAGGGAGAGGGGAACUUUAGGGAGCUAUAGUGCUAGGAAAACAACUUUAUAAUUUCCCUUUAAUGUUGGCAGCCGAUUUUCUUGUCUCUGUUGCUCCUUAUGACAUGUCACGCUGUUUCUAGUGCUCAAUACAUACUUAUUCCUGCAUGAUUCACUGAUUAGUAAGGAUUUCUUCUGAUACCAUUCAUAGUAAAAGCAUCUGAGUGUAGCAUUUAUGCUACUUACUUACUGUUGAUUCUGCAUAAUAACUGGUAAUUCUUUCUUAUUGGGCAAACUCUGUAUUUUCUUUUUUUUUUCUUUCUGUGUUUUGUGUUUUUAAUUGUUAAGUGGCUCCACAGACCGUUCUUUUACUAAUUACUAUAGUUGCACAGUUUCCUUCUUGAAUGUUUUCUUCCCUGUAACUUUAAGGGGUGCAUUCAGCUCCCGCAUCAUAUCUGCAUUUCUUUUUCGAUGACGUUUGCUAGUAGCGAUUGACAUAAUUCUCUCUUUCUGGUUUCUGAUUGGCCAAUUUCUUGUCCCAUCAUGGUAUUGUUUAAUUAAAAGCUUGUGUAAUCUGGCAUCUUUCCUCCUUGAAGAGCCACUCCACAGGAGAAGCAUAUGUCGGGACAUGACAUUUUUUUAAAUGUAAAUUGCUGUCUGUUGAAGUUUUCCUUAGAGAUCUACAAAGAAAAUGUCAUGGGUAUGCAAUAAUAUAUUUCUGAAUAUCUACAAAACUUUCAAGCAACUUCAAAAAGUACAAUACAAGAAUAAAAUGGAAGCAUGUAUGUUUCAGGACAGGUUGAGGAUCGAACAUCCCUUUGACUGAUAUGAUACAUGGUAUGCUGGUCUUUUGUUAACAGUACAUGAAUUGAUUUUUAUAGUACAGUACCUGCUGAUUAAUUGGUCUACUCUCUACCUCGUUUUCGUUGGAUAUUGGUACUGCACCAUCUAGGAUGAGCUUAUUCAGCAUAGAUAAGUUGUGUUACCUUUAGCACAGCCUUAGGUUAGGUACCCUUAAGGGCACAAGGACAUGUUGUGCUUUAUGCUGUAUGGGAAAUAACUCAUUCUCCUCUAAUUUGAUGGGCAGGCAGUUUAUAUAGUUAAUCUCUGUCUCUUACUGAACCCCUUUUUUAAGGAUUGAGGCUAUCUUUACUGUCUCAUAUUAAAUGAAACAGGCAUUAUCUUUUUCUACACUGCUUCUUGCUGUAUGUCAUUCUCUUACAGAUAUAAGAACAGGGUAGAUGUAUCGCUUCAGAUUUUGUCCCUUUUUUUUUGUCUUUUGUGUGCAGGUCUUAUGGAUAAAAAGUGUGGUGCUUCCUUUUGGGCUGUGCUGUAGCACUUUUACUAUUGCACCUAUUUGUGCCCUUAUUUGCACAAAAAAAAGCCUUCAAAAAUUCUUUCCAUUUUAAUAAUUUGUUGUAUUUUGUGAAUGUAAUCAAUUAUAAAAUCAUCGUGGAAACAUAGAAGCAAACUAUCAGAAAUAAUCCAAAAACAGGUAUUUCAGAAAAAGCUGGAAAUAAGUCAUAAGUGCAUAUAGUUAGUCUGAUUUAAACAUAAGAAACUGAAGUGAAUGUGAAUGUCAUGGUGUCUUUUUAUCUGUGUACAGUAUUGUAGUUUAUUUUCUGCGAUUUUCUUCUAAAUUUAAUUUGUUUGCAUUUUGGCAUGUAGAAGCAGCCACUGCAGCCUCAGUUAGUGGAGAGUAACUGUCCUAAUAUCCGCAUGGACCCCACCCUCUGUCCUGGAGACCCCAGCUGGAUUGCCUUUGUUCACAGCAAUGACCUCUGGAUAGCUAAUAUUGAGAGUGGAGAGGAACGCAGGCUGACAUUUGUGCACAAAGGUGAGACUAUGUAGACUGUCACCAAAACGUUCUACUGCGGUUUAAGCAUACAAAUGUUGAGCUAUUGCUAUCUGUAUCAUAACUAAUCCCAAGCAUUACAAACUUUGAUGCAAGUCUGUUUAUAACGUCAAUAGUUUCAGAUAAAUUAAUAAUAAAAUUACAUGGGGAUUUUCUCCCCAGCGGGAUUGAAAGAAUUUGGCGCAUGCUCAGAUUUUAACUGAAUAUGCAGAAUAUUUGUUACUAUUUCACUACAUGGUUGGUAUAAACUGCAUUUAACAUGUACAGAUUACAUUAGCAAAAUGCAAGUGUGUAACCAUGUUAAAGGACCACUAAAGUGUUCUGGGUGCAAUAGUUCUGUAGUUUUUAUUAUAAUUUUUUAUAAAGCGCCAGCAAAUUCCACAGCACUGUAAUAAGUAGACUAACAGACAAAUAAGACGAGUUGGAUGCACAGAAACAGAGGCUGCUGAGCUGCUCAAACUAGCCUACAUUCCAGAGGGAGUGGGGUAAAGUGGCACAAGAAGUAAGGGUUGGAUGUAUUUCAUAUAUGGGAAAAAAAGUAGUACACUAGAGUAGUUUGAAAUGAAGGGUUAGUUUUUUUGUGUGUGUGUUUUUUUUUGUUUUCUUUUUUGCAUGACACCGUUGCAAGAAAGGAAGAAGGGUGGGUUACCAGGGUAUGGGGAGGGUAAUCUAUUAACUGUUCGAUAUGCUUUCCUAAAGAAGUGAGUUUUUAGUGACUUGUUGAAGGAAUUUAGACUGGGUGAAAGUCUAACAGAGCAGGGAAGGGAGUUCCGUAGGAACAGCGCAGACCUAGAGAAGUCUUGAUUGGCGGAGAAGAGGUAGAUGCAGAGAAAGAUAAAUUGAAAGAACACUUGGAGAGGUAGGAGGAGAACCAACAGUCAACAGUAUCUUAUAGACCCAGAUUACUGAGGAUGAGAAAAAGUUGUUGAUGUUAAACCGUGUUGAAGUCAGCAGAAAUGCCAUAGAGAAUUAAGAUAGUAGUGACCACGAGAUUUUGCAGCAAUUACAUAAUUGUAUACUUUGGUUAGAGCCAUUUUGACAGAGUGAUAAACACGGAAUCCAGACUGUAGUGGGUUAAGCAGAGAGUUGGAUUCAAGGAAGUCUGUCAAUCUCGUAUACACAACUUUCAAGGAUGUUGGAGGCAAACGGUAGUAGUGAGAAAAGGCGGUAGUUGGAUGUGGAGUUUCGGUCAAGGUUUGGCUUUUUUAGAAUCCGGGUUAUGGUGGCAUGCUUGAAGGAUGAAUUAAAUAUGCCAGAGAUGAAGGAGAGAUUGAAUAUUUUAGUGAGGGGCAGAGCAAGAAAAGGAAACUGUGUGAAGAGAUAUGAGGGAAUAGAAUUGAGGGAACAGGUGGGGGGCGGGAGGAUGGGUGCAAGUGAGCAUAGAACAUCGGAAAACGUGGAGUAAAGGGAAGUAUUGGUAGGGGAAUGACAGGGACUGGAGAUCUGUUCCCUGAUCACAGAAAUCUCAGUGAAGUGAGUUGCAAAGUUUGUCGCAGUCAAGUUAUUAGGAGGAGGAGGAGCAGCAACAGGGCGAAGAAGAGAAUUAAAAGUAUGAAAGAGGUGUACGGAAGAGGUUUUCGGGAGAGUGUGGUUAUGAGGGUAUUGAAGUAGUUUUCUUUAGCAGAGGAAAGAGCCAAACUGUAGGAGUGUAGCAUAAUAUUAUAGUGGAGCAAGUCGGAUGCAGAACAAGAUUUUCUCCAGAAGCAUUCAGAAGCUCUGGAACAUUUUUGGAGGGAUCAGGUCAGCUUGGUGUGCCUAGGUUGUGUGCUUGCUAGAUUUAAAUGUAGGAGGCACCAUGAUAUCUGGUUGAGAGGAGAGGGUGUUUCGGAGCAAGGGCAGGUGAAGUUUGAGAUGGGUACUAGGAGAGUUUUGAUUUUUAACUGAACAUUAAAGUGUUAGGAAUACAAAUAUGUAUUUCCAGAAUAAGAAGGUUUUCCCUGCAUUAAGGUGCUGCCCUCAAAGUGAGGAUUUAAACGGUGAGUUUUACUAACCUUUACUCACUUGCCAUGCUGGUCUUGCGCAGUUGCUCUUCCUCGAUUCGGAGGUUAGUGCUCCAUGCUACAGAAAUCAUAUGGUCACUAUGAGAACAACAGAUUGAAGAGCCUUGUUUAGCUCUGCACCGAGGGCACAAGCACCUCUAGUGGCUGUCAGGAGGUCUGCCACUAGAGGGGAAUUUAACCCUUCCAUUGGAUUCAAUGCUUUACUAUAAGAAUCACUGGAUUGAACCAGCAGCAAGCAAGCAAGCGACAACUACUCUGAGGGAGUCUCAGCAAUAAAAAAAAAAAGGUGUGUAAAAUCCAAUUUUUAUAAUUUUAUUGUAAGUGGGUGGCCCAUUCACCUAACUCUGGACUACUGCACUAUAGCAUUAGAAAUACAGGUGUGUCUGUACCUGCUUUCAACAAGUUGAUUUUAAUCUUUUAGAAGCACUGUUUGGACAGUCUUGCAUAAAUACAGUCUCAGGUUUUAUAGUAUCAUUUCGCGAAGCAGUCAAAGAUUCUUAAAGGGUAUUAGCUAUCUCUUAUGUGCCUUUGAUUUUGAUCAUUCAUUCAAAUGUCUGUCUGUCUGUUCCUAGAUUCAGCCAGGGUGGAGGAGGAUGCACGCUCCGCUGGUGUUGCUUCCUUUGUGCUUCAGGAGGAGUUUGAUCGCUAUACUGGGUUCUGGUGGUGUCCACGUAAUGAGAAAAGUAAGAAUCUCUUAAUUGUUUACACCUCUUUGUUGUUCCACUUUGUUUGUUUGGUUUUAAAGGAGCACUCUCAGCAUCCAUGCAAGGCAGGGCCGGUGCAAGGAUUUUUGCCACCCUAGGCAAACUAAAAUUUGCUGACCCCCCUAUAUGCUCUGCCCACUAUGUGACAUAACAAUGCCCCACCCAUAAGAUCUGCCAUACGAGCCAACACCAGUGCUUCACACAGUGUCUUUUAUCUGAAAAGACAGUGUGUUUACAUUUAAAAGCCUGCAGGGACAGGCUAUAUACACCAGAACCACUACAUUGAGCUGUAGUGGUUCUGGUGACUAUAGUGUCCCUUUAAUGUGAGGUAAAUUAGAGCUUAAUGCCACUAAUAAUAUACUGGGUUGUCUACUUACCACCAGAUGAGGACAAGAGGAAGAUGAUGGGCUCAGCCUGCUGUCUGGCUUUACUGGUCUGGUGUUAAAACAGACUAUCUGGAGGCAGUGCCCACAAAAAUCAACGAAACAGAAGCAGGUCCAUUUUUUGUGACCCCUUACACAGAUCAGCCUACAAGGCCUGCCUAUAAGCCUUUUGCCAACAAGGCCUACCUAUAAGUUUGCUAACAGGGAGUGGAGUGUAUGUGUGUAGGGGAUGUGUUAUGGUAGAGGAUGUAAUGUGUGUGUUCUUAUGGAAUGUAUGUAAGGGAUGCAUUGUGUGAAUAUGUGUGUGUGUAAGGAAUGCAAUGUGUGUUUCUGUGUAUGUAAUGUAAUACAGUGUGUGUGUCUGUAAGGGGUGCAUUGAGUGUGUGUGUAAGAGAUGCAUUAAGAGAAGCAGUGUUUGUGUAAGGGAUGCAUUGUGUGCUUCUGUUUAUAUGUGCAAGGGAUGCAUUGUGUGUGUGUAAUGGAUGCAUUGUGUAUUUCUGUGUGUGUAAGAGAAGCAUGGUGUGUUUCUGUGUGAGUAUAGGAUGCAUUGUAUGUUUCCACGAGAACUAAAAAGUGCAAGCUUUGUACAGGUAUGAAUCGGAUGAAGCUGACAGGGGAGGGAAGUUGAAAAUGCUGAGGGAAUAGAUGAAACUGACAUGAAUGAGAGGGGUAAUGAUAUGGAAUCUGGAAUAAACACGUUACUGGUAAAGAGCGAGUUUCACUAUGUUAGCAAAAUGGGUAAUUUUGAUAAGUUGGCAUAAACAGAAAGAAUAGUAGCAAAUCUGGGACGAAUAGGAAUGUAUAGUAAUGAAUCUAACUUGUGUAGGAGUAGUGGGAGGUAAGUUGGUCUGAACAGGGGAAUGUAAAUAAAUAUUGACAGUGACAGUGUGCAAUGUUAAUGAUAUAUAGGGGGGUUAAUUUCCCUUAGUGGCCUCUACCUCUUUGUAGCGUGGCCGGGUGGCGCGGUCCGCACUACAGGAGCUUUGGUUUCCUGUACCCUGCCGGACUGACAGGAAGUGCUCACUGAGAGAGCUCUUCCUUUCAGUCCGACCGGGUAUAGGAAACAGAAGCUCCUGUACCAUGGUCCGCGUCGGCCGGCCACGCUACACUGAGUGAAUGGCAGGAGGGAGCGCUGUGCGCUUCCCUCCUGCCGGGUCACUCAACUCUUCCCCCAUUCCGGGCCGGUGCACCCUAGGCAUCUAAGUCGCCUAUAGGGUGCGCUGGCCCUGAUGAAAGGAAUGCAAUUGUUGUGUGGUUUCCUUUAUACAUUUAUCUUAAAGAACCAUUCCACACUUGAAAUAAAAACAGACCCCCCCCCACACAGUUUAGUAGAUAUACUCCCAAUGAAUAAAUACAUGUAUAUUUUUAUGUAUGUAUUCAUUGGGAGUAUAGUCUAAAACAGGGCUGUCCAACCUGCGGCCCCCCAGAUGUUGCUGAACUACAACUCCCAUGAUUCCCUGGCUAUCUGUUUCAUUGAAAGAAUCAUGGGAGUUGUAGUUCAGCAACAUCUUGAGGGGCGCAGGUUGGACAGCCCUGGUCUAAAACAACUUGCAAAAGCUGCAGUUCUUAUGACUGCAACCUUUGUAUGCCCACCCCACCCCCUUUUUUUUAUUUUUUAUUUUUUUUAUUUUUACAGGAAAUGACUUUCAAUCACUUCACAGAGAAUUCUCCAUUCAGAAGCCUCUGUUCCACUCUAUUUCAGGUGUCUCUCCUCCCCCCAAUCACACCUUGUGUCUUAACCCCAGCCCCUUUUAAUAAUUUUUGCUUUAUAAGCCCACUCUCUUACAUACCUGCUGUAUUUCCUGUGUUCCUGCAGUAUGUCAUGCAGUGACUUAAGUUUAUGGAAGUUGUUGUCCAACUAUUCUACAGAGGAAAGCUGACCAUUUUGGUUACAAUGCUCAAAAAUGCCCGCUGUUCCCAUAAAGCAGUGCUAUUUUGAGUUAAAUAAAUACUCCACAGUAAAAAAAAAAUUGCUAUUUAGUAGAUGUACCGCCAGUGAAAACAUGCAUGCAUCCAUUUAUCAGUCAUUGUGUGUAUAUCUAAAAUCAGCUUGCAAAAGCUGCAGUUCUUAUACCUGUAGCCUCUCCUUAUUGAGAAGUCUCUGAAUGGUGCCCUAUGUGCAUGUGCUGCACCUACGGUUGGGAAGGAUGCUGGUCUGAAGUCUGUGGAGGGUCAGCAGGAGAGAAUAUAGGCGCGCUAAGAGGAUCUAAUAGAAGGAGGAAGGAGAGGAAGAGGUGUGAUGACCCUGUAUACAGAGAUGUGUAUAGUUGCUGCUGGAGGUGUAACUCCACCAUGGUCACAUUUUAUUAGCUGGCCUGGAAUGAAAGGCCAUAAUGGCAUCCAGCCUCUGAAGCCCUAUAGAAACUGAUGUUCUUCUGGCACCGUUAAUGCCAGCUUAGCACUUGGCAGGACCCAGCUUAGUGUUAUACCAGUGUUAAAUAGUUUGCUCCAUUACUCUGGAAUAGAGCCAGGGUACUCUUGAGAGUCACUACAGUAGGCUGCAUGGGUGUACCUGGAGCACUAAAAAAAAAAAGCACCUGCAAAAUGUUUCAAAUUUUUUUCUUUUUCAAAUUUUUUUUUUAAAUGUAUUGCACAAAUUUGUACACUUUGUAAAAACCCUGUCAUCCCCCUUCUACAAAUCCCCUGUCCUACCCCCCUUAUACAAGACCCCUGUCCCAAUACAAACCCCUGCUCCCUUCUACAAAAUCCAUGCACCCGUUCACACACAGGUACAUGCAGACAGUCACCCACACAGUUACACACAGGCAGACAGUCACACACGCAGACAGGCACAAAGACAAUUACCUCUUUCCAUUAUGGCUGGAAGGGGGUAGUGGAGGCAGUGCAGCUCCUGUAGUUAAGAUGGUGGGAAAGCAGGGACUCCUUCCUGCUUCCCACUUCCUUUGUAGCAGUUACCAGGGGCUUCUGAAAGGCUUAACCCCGCACCUGCUGCCACUGUAACUCGACCUCCCACUAAGCUCCACCCCACACUACCUCGCUAUUUUUUCCUUCACCCGGGUGGAGAAUAAUGAAAUCUUCCAACCCGGUAACCUGUUCUAGCUACCCCCCUGCACUCCUGUCACCUGGCCAUGUGUGAGCUGUGCGCGGCCACACAGCUUGCACACCCCUAAGGCCGGCCCUGGUCCAGGGUCAUGGCACGCGGGGCGGACCUCCCACCCCUCCAGUCCCCACCCCCUUAGUAUGCCACUGGUAGGCUCUAAUGGUUGUGAGUAAUCCACUAUAAUGUGUACAUUCUUGCUGUAGCCAAAUAAUGCUAAAGCAUCAUUACUCAUUAUCAGCGUGUCUUUAUUUUCCAGCUUCAUCUGGUGGUCAGAUAUUGCGCAUUCUCUACGAGGAAAAUGAUGAGUCAGAUGUGGAAAUAAUUCAUGUCACCUCUCCAAUGUUGGAGACUCGAAGGACUGAUUCAUUCCGUUACCCCAAAGCGGGUGAGUAUGCGCUUCAAGUUGCAGAUGUUUUCCGGAUUCUUUUAUAGCACUCUGAGGGAAUGUUUAUUAAGUGCUUUGCAACCUGAGCUAGCUAUAAUAUAUAGUCUUCAUGAUAACAUUGUAUUUCAGUAACCAGGAAUUGACAGGAAUUGGCUAGGGAAUUUAAUGCCAAAAUAGAUGAACUAAAACACGUCUGUCUCCAUGUCUUUCUUAUUUUUUCUCCUCCCUCUCACGGCUCUGCUAUUUUGGCCUGAAGUUUGAAAUUACCUUGUGCGUUCAUAAUUUAGUGAAUACAUUCAUAUUCAUAGUGUUUGGUGACACGGAUGCUUUAAAUCUUUGACUGCAGGAGUGGAAUAAAAGAGUUGAUUUUAGAUGUUUCUACAGUUGCUCAGAUGCUCAACAUUUUAAAUGAUUACAAUUUGCUAUUGUUUUUCAUAAGACUGCAAGAUGAAAGUAAAAGCACUUUGUCAUUGUAUUACUGGAGAUCCAUUUCUGUAAUCACAGUUGGUGAUUGCUUACUCAGUCUGCUUCUGAUAUGCUUUUCCCCCCAUUAUUUUUGCUUACAUCUCUCUCAAAAUCUUAUCUCCUCUUUCAGGUACCUCAAACCCUAAAGUAACAUUUAAGCUGUCUGAGAUUAUCGUGGAUGCAGAGGGCAGGGUGAGUUAUCUUUUUUUUGUUUCUAUGUUUCUCUUCUGGACAUAUUUUUUAUAAUUGUUUUAUUGUAAAAAGACUGCUACAGGGAGAGUAUUAUAAAUGUUAUGUAAUGGUAGCUAGCAUGUAUAUUUUCAAAAUGAGGUCUUCACCGAUAUAUACUGUAAUCUGACAUCUAAGCUGUAUAUGAGCUUGUUGGGUCUCUUCCUUGUUGUUUACUAUAGAAUAUGACUGGCAAUUAAAUGCAACUCCCAUUGUGCAUCUAAAUAUAAAGUUGAUCUUUCCAUCUCAUCAGGUUCAGGAUGUGGUGGACAAAGAACUUAGGCAACCCUUUGAAGUGUUGUUUGGAGGCAAUGAAUACAUUGCCAGAGCUGGAUGGACUCCUGAUGGAAAGUAGUGAGUAUUGUUGGGAACUGAAUAAUGUUUGUUUUUGUUACAAAGCGCUUCAUAUUGAAUAGGACAUGAGGGAAGAAAUGGGGAAUGUGGCAGUGAAAUGCAUUGGCUUUCUGCAUGUAUUAAUCCACAUAAUGGUUGGGUUUAAACACCUUGCAAAUACAUCUAAAAUCCUUUAUUUACAGUUUAAUUUUUAGCACAAUGCUGCUUUCCCCUAAGGGUAUUUUUAAGAAAUUGUUUUAUUUCAUGUUAUUUUAUUCAUUUUGUUCCCGGGGAAGUCCCAUGUGGGACCUUUUUCUUAUUUUCAUUUAUUUUAUUUAAUAAACUUUCUGUUGAAGCAGAAGGAUAUCGUUGGCUAGCCCCCCAAAUUAUCUUAGGGGAGGCACCCAUAGGCGAUUCUAAUAUCAUCUAUGCUGUGAGUGUAUUUCCAGCUGCGCAGUGUUUAAUUUUGCUUUUACUAUUUUACAUGUUACGUUAUGUUCUGAUAAUUUUUUUUUCUGUAGAUCAGUCAGCUGUGUAUUCCCUUUUUUUUCUGAUAGAGUGCAAAUAACACCUUAAAUGUCUCUGUGUAUCUGCAGCCCACAGAGCUUGAUCUAUCCAGGGAUUCUCUUUAAUAGCCUGUGAAUCACAUUAACAGGUUCUGAGGACAUAGAAACCUGUCUAAGAUUCCUUCUCUUUUUGUAAUCUAAUAACUUUUUUAUCUUUACUGGAAUUUUAGAACUAUGCUAUCCUUGAGUUUGUAUUUAGAAUGAUCAUUCACGAUACCACAUAUUUCUUUAUGGCAUCAAAUCAAUCUACAUUAAAGUGUGCUGAAUGUGUCCAGCUAAAAAAUUGAAAAAACGUUGCUGGCUGGCUACGUAUGUAAAGAAAAGCUAUUCAAUACAUCUGCUGCUCUUCCUGUAAAGUAGCAGAGGCUACAACACUAAACGAACAGACAGGCUUGCUAGGAUUCAGAUACUCUUCUAUUUUUUUUAAAUUGUUUUGGAGAGUAGAACUACUAUAUACCGCUAUAUAUUCAUUGUGCAUCUGAUACUAAAGCAGUGAUAUCUGAAGAGACCAGGAAGUUGAUAAGCUCUUCUUUAACUGGAACAGGAGCUCUGUUCAUUACCAAUACACUUUUCUUCAUAGAGAAAGCCCUGCAUACACCAUUCAUAAGAGAGAAAAUAAAUUGAAUGUGAUUGGUAGGUGACAGCAGCAUUCCAUUCAUGUUGAGUGCUUCUCAUGCCUAUAUUCCUCAAAUGAAAAAGAAGACCGUUGUUUGUAUGCAUGCAUGUCUUAUGUACAUUCACACUAUAAUACCCGGUGCAGCAAUGUUCUUCCCAAAACAUGCAUUUCAUAUAAUGUAAAAGUUGUGCAUGGUAAAAUGCAUGGUUCUCUGUUGGGAUAUCCUAUGGCAGUUCAAGCAUUUGUAAUAUCGACUUUGCCUUUGCAGUGCCUGGGCCAUCCUGCUUGAUCGCCCUCAGACUCGUCUACAGAUCGUUCUCAUCCCACCAGCAUUAUUCAGCAAUUGCUACACAACUUCUCCGGAUCACCCACUCCUGUUUGACUCGUUGCCAGAUAAUGUGACUCCACUCAUAAUAUAUGAGGAGACAACAGAUAUCUGGAUUAACGUAAGAAUGUUUAUGCUAUAUUUCUGUAUGCUAUAUUUGGAUUUAACGUCUGUUGCAGCAAAUAUCCUAUUAACUGAACAAAAGCUCACACAUACCCAAAUGGAAAUCACAGAAUAACUGUGUAGCUAUCACCACACUUUAAGUAACAGCAUAGGCCAACAAAAAAUUAGAUUUUCUCAAAAAACUGUUUAUUGAAGGGUUUUAUCACUUUCACAGUGUAACACUUGUCUGUCAAAAAAGUCAAUGUUUUAGAAAGUAGCAUAAACUAUAGUUAUUUCACACACCAAAGCUGGCUUAGGUCAAGCAUUGAGAUUUCACUGGGUGAAUGUGAAACUAUGCAUUAACUUUUCAUUGUUACUUAUCAAACUUACUGAAGUGUAGAAAGUAAUAUUAACAUUGCUUGGUUAUUAGAAGUAAAUUUAAAAAAAUGUUUUCUACCAUGAUUUGAAAUGUAUGUACUUGGAGUAGUAAAUUAAUGCUUGUUUGUUAGAAGUGAUACAUUAUACAUUCUAAAAGUGCUAUGUCAAAAUGGCAAUCUUUUAUUUAUUUGUUUGUUUGUUUGUUGAAGUUCCUGACAGCCUGUCUUCAUUAACAAUUGGGGCUCUUGAGUCUAAAGAACUAUUUAGAAACAGUGUGGUAAAAAUUAGUGACUUGGCUGUACUUUUGGAAGCUUUUCUUGGAUCUAUUGGCGAUCACAUUUUGUAUACCCUGCUAAUCACUUAAGAAGACGACACGUUUUAAGAAAAGCAAAGAUGCAAAAAAAAACUUGAGAUAGUACAAUGUUGUAUUUAAUGUGGGAUUUAAAGGGACACUAUAGUCACUAGAACAACUACAGCUUAAUGUAGUUGUUCUGGUGAGUAUAAUCAUUCCCUGUAGGCAUUUUUAUGCAAACACUGUCUUUCAUUGAAAAGCCAGUGUUUACAUUACAGCCUAGGGACACCUCCAGUGGCCACUCCUCAGAUGGCCACUGGAGGUGCUUCCUGGGGCAGCAGCACUGCUGUUCAGCGUCUCCACACUCUGCAUGGAGACGCUUAAUUUUCAUCAGAGAUGCAUUGAUUCAAUGCAUCUCUAUGAGGAGGUGCUGAUUGGCCAAGCUUGAAUUUGACCCCGCCCAAUCCCACUUCCAAUGCUGAUUUCAGCCUAUUCAAUGUUGGAUUGGUUAAAAAUCCUAAAAUCUGAUAUCACCAAGGAGUCAGAUCGGGAGUUGAGGGGGGCAAGACACUAAAUGGUGAUUUUAACACUAUAUGGUCAGGAAUACAUGUUUGUGUUCCUGACCCUAUAGUGUUCCUUUAAUUGUAUCCAAAAUAUGGUUUUAGUAGGCUAGAUAGGGGAACUUUGUAUUCACAUACAUAUAAGCACAGGCAGAUUUAGGUUUAAUAUUUGUUUUAAGAUAGUGAUGGGCUGUAAGAAAUGUUCCUAAAUGGCAUAUUAGAAAUUAGCAGAAAGUUGAUUUCCGUUUGUUAUUUUUUUCAUAAGCCUUCUCUUGAACCUCUGGCCUUACAUCAAAUCUAGGCAGUGUAGGUUUUAAGCAUGGAUAUAAAUAUAGAAUUGUUUAUGGGUCAUUCACUUGUAUAAUAUUUACAUUUUUUUACCAUUCUGUUUAUGGUAGAAAUUCUCAUUGGUUUCCAACAUACUCCAGGCUUUCAGAAAACUAGCAGUUUAUUAUUUAGUGCCUUGUGAUGUUAUGUGUGUAUGUAUGUAUAUAUAUAUAUAUAUAUAUAUAUAUGUGUGUGUGUAUAUAUAUACUUGACAUUUAAUUAGAUUCAAAAUUACCAAGCUGCUCCUAAUUUUCCCUCUUUCAUUCUCACUGUGCAACAGAUUCAUGAUAUUCUUCAUUUCUUCCCCCAAACUCGGGAUGAUGAGAUUCAAUUCCUUUUCGCCUCAGAGUGCAAGACUGGAUUCCGCCACCUUUACCGAAUCAUUAGCAUAUUGAAAGCCGGUGGUACCAGUAGAGGAGGGGCUGACUCCCUGGGACUCUGUAAGUUACUUGCCAUUUGAUUCUUAGUGGUGAUAUACAAAGCUGAAUGAAGGUUAUUGGAACAGGGUUGGAUGUUUUGGAUGUGGGUUUUUUUUUUUUUUUUUCAGAAUGUGUUUUCAUAAACUAGAAUAUCCCAUAUCAAGCUUUAGGAAGGAAAUAUUUAAACCCACAAUGGAAUAAAAUUGGAAAUUUAAUCUGUUCAAACACUACUCCGUGACUAGUUAUGCUGAACCAUAAGAAUACAUUGUAGCAUGAUAUCAUUGGUGUUGCAGUGCCCAUCCAUCUCUAAUUGUACAGACGCACAGCUGCAGCGUUUGUGAUUAGAGUUCUUAUUUUCUAAAUUGUAUUUAUGCGAAAAUAAUAAAAUUUUAAAUCAAAAUAGCAAACUAUGGAAGAUUUGUAAGGCUCUAAAUUUUUGUAAAUUUAUGGAAUCUAUUUUUAAACUGAACGGUAUUGCCAUGUUGAUCAGAAUUGCAGCUUCCCUACUGCCAUGUGACCUAUCAAUCAGCAGCAAUUUACAUGCUUGCUGUGGCCAUCUGCUCAACACUUCUCUAUCUGCCUGCUAUUUUGAGAUUUAAGUGACUGUAUAUAAACAUAACAAUAGGAAAAGUCGAAAAUAUGGAGUGUGUUCUGAAAAUCAUAGUUUUAAGGUAACCACAGUGCCAAAUGCAGGCUGGAUUCUGUAAUAACUUUUUAAAUACAAAUUUAUUAUUAGCACUUACAUAGCACCAACAUAUUCUACAACGCUUUACAAUGAUAGCAUAGGGAUGUAUUACAACAAGUCAUUGACAUACUAAAUAAUAAUGACAGACAAGAGCAUAGAAAGCACAGUUUAAAUGCUAUUACAAUCUAUCAGAAUUCCUUUUCCUUUUUUCUAAUAAUGGAUAGCCACUCAUUCAUUUUUAAAUAAAAAUUAAUUAUAUAUAAUAAUAAGUAUACAGUGCUCCCUCGGUUUACCAAUAUAAUGCGUUCUCCAGGACUUUUUCGUAAACCGAAACGUGGUUUCCCAUAAGAAUGCAUUGAAAACCAAUUAAUCUGCUCUGGAGGUCAGAAAAAAGUCAUAAUGAGCUGGCAUGGAAACCAACUCACAAUGCAGAACACAUGGUAAAAGGCAUGCAAAUGACAAAGCUCAGCUCCCUACCUUUCCACCGCUUGAGAAAUGCACCAAAAAGUCCCAAAACCGCUGCAAAUAAAUUCCACAAUGGUUCCAAAACUCGAUGCAAAAGCCACUCAAACACCUCCACACUCGCCACCACGUACUACCCACAGACUCCAGCAUGCACGGGGCGGUGUAUGAACCUCCCAGGCGCAGUGCAUUUUGGAGAAACUUGCUUUGUAUUGCGAAACAAAUUCGUAAACAGAGGCAUUAUUUUCAAUGGAUUUUCAUUUGUAAACCGAAAAUUAUGUUAACCGAGGCGUUUGUAAACCGAGGUACCAUUGUAUAUAUAAAUAUUUGUGUAAAUAUUACAAUGCCCUGAACGAACUCACAAAACUAAACAAAUGUCUAAACCAGUGGUAGUCAACACUUUUCUACCUACCGCCCACUAAUGCAUCUUUCUUGUUGGAAAAAUUUCCUUACCGCCCACCAGUUUUCACGCAAGUGCUGAAUAUUUUUUAGAAAGGAGGCUGUUUUUAAAAAAAAAAAAAUAUAUAUAUAUAUAUAUAUAUACACAUACAUUUAUCUUUUUAUUUCUACUUAAUGCAUGUUUAUAAUGUUUUUAACUUUAUAAAGUUUAAUGAGAAAACAAUAAAGGAAAUUGAAAUUACCUUUACUAGUGAUUAAUGAGAUCCUUGAGGUUGAUGCUGCGAGACUAAAUAUUUGAUAUCUGGUUUGAUUUUCAUAAGGAACAAACGAAGGUCUCCUCUUUCGGUGAUAUUCAGACGACUUCUCUGGUUGCGCAUAAUAUGAUUUCUCAUCUCUGCGUCAGCUCAUCUCUCCCUCCUCAAUUCGCCUCCCCACCUUUUUUUCCCUUUUUUUCAAUUUUUAACUUUCCUUAUAGCAAUGCCCAGUAGGAAGGCUGAGCUAGGUAGCCCACUUACUGUAGCCCACUAUAACAGACAGGCACACAUACAUACAUACAUACAGACAUAUACAUACAAACAGACAGGCAUACAGACACACAGACAGACACACAUACAGACACACAGACAGGCAUACAUACAGACACACAUACACAUACAACCUUCUUUAUAGCAAUGCCUAGUAGGAAGGCUGAGCUAGGUAGCCCACUUACUAUAGCCCACUAUAACAGACAGGCACACAUACACAUACACACAUACAUACAGACACAUACAUACAAACAGACAGGCACAGAUACAUACAUACAGACACACACACACACGACACAUACAUACAAACAGACAGGCACACAUACAUACAGACACACACAAGACACAUACAUACAUACAGACACACACACAUACAGACACACAUACAUACAUACAGACACACACACAUAAAGAAACACACACAUACAAAGUCACACACAUAAGACAUACAUAGACACAUACAGACAGACGCAAGACACACAUACAAAGACACAUACAUAAGACACACAUACAUACAAAGACAAGACACACACAACACAUACAUACAAAGACAAGACACACAUACACACAUAUAUACAGACACACACACAGGACAUACAUACAUAGACAUGUACACACAUAUACAGACAGACACACACACACACACACACAAGACAUACAAAGACACACACACAAGACAUACAUACAAAGACACAUACACACAAACAAACACACGCAAAAUAUUUUAGUCACCCUCCUGUUUCCUACCUUUUAGGUGCAGGAGGGUGACAUUCCCUGGGGUCCAGUGGUGGCUCAGGUGGAUGGGAGUCAGAGUUCCCAGUCUGACACCCUCUGCUUCCUCCCGCGCGGUCUGUGUGUUAGCGGGGAGGAGUGACGUAAGCACAGGGGACCCUGUCACACUGUUAAAGCGCCCAGCGCUGACCGGGCCCCCUUACAAUCCACAUCCAUAGGGUGGCCCUGACAGCAUGGGCCACCUGCUGGACCCCUUGCAAACGGUGACGGCGGUACCCGGUCGCAGGGGUACCGCCGGCUCCCACCCGCCCAGUCUCUGAAAACGAGAAAAUCCCUACCGCCCACCUGGAAUCCUGAAACGUCCACUAGUGGGCAGUAGGGACCAAGUUGAUGACCCAUGGCCUAAACAAAUUGAAGUCAUUCAACUUGCCUCUUUCUCUCUAAUUUGAAAACAAUUACAGGAAAAGGGAAAUUGGAAAAGUAGACUUGUAUAAAUAAUUUGACAAUGUGAAUAUAAUUUACUGAAAAUGGCACACUUGUUGGGUUCAGGCAGCAAAGGUAAGAUGAUUUGUUUUUGAGUUUCACACCUUGAUUAUUUUUGCCAAAACCACAUUAAUUGAUAGUCUAAUAAAACACAAAAAAUAUCACAAGUAGAAACAGGAGAGUUCACUUUUAAAAGAACAUUGAAAAUGUAUUCAAACUAUAGACCCAAAAUUAUUCUGUGUCUAGGUGACUUCCGAUGCCCAAUAAAACAGGAAAUGGCUGUUACCAGCGGAGAAUGGGAAGUUCUGGGGCGACAUGGAUCCACUGUAAGUUUAAUGCUGCCAUCUUUUUCCCCUGUUCUUAUCAGUUAGGGCUCUGAAGCCUUUUUAAUGUGAUAUUUAAUGUAUGUAUCAUGCUUGCAAAUCUGCAGCAAUUGUAUAGGUUACAGAUACUAGUUACCUGUUUAUGCUUCCUGGAUUGGGACUGUAAAUGCAAACUUUUAUACAUUUUGAGUGCAUGACUGCAUAUACACAUUGUGGAUAUGCACAAAUGCAUGCUGCUGCUCAUAUGUGUGUUUAUGUAUACAGAAUAGAUCUUGUCUCAAAUUAUGUACGGUGUGUAUUAAAAAAGGAAUUCACAAUAUAAAAACACUUAGCAUUGCAUGGUCCAUUACUAUUAAUGCAGCAACAGGACAUGUAUGCCCUGGGCCGCCUAAGAUUGAUGGCUCUCACACUGUAGAUCCUACCUUUAUUCAUUAAAGGGAUAUUACAGGAGACCCGUAACAACUUCAUGUCAAUUAAGUCUUUAUGGGUGCUAAAAUCUCUGGGCAACUUUUUAAAAGUACUGUUACUUGCAAUGGGUGGCAAAUGAUAGACUGAGUGUUAGCUGAUGUUCACGGCCUAUCACCAUUGCCCAAAUCAAUCUUUAAAGAUCACUUCAGCGGCUGGUGGAGGAGACAGAAGGCAAUGCGGAUGGGUGCCUGGUGUUAAAACGCUUGAAAACUGUUUAGGAUUGUAAGAGAAAAAGGCAACCAUGGACUCCAUCCCCCAUUGGGAUGAAGUUUUUACAGGGGUCAGAGAGUCCCUUAAAAAACUUUCAUGAGUCUUUCAUGCAGUAUCUGUCAACAUGGAAAUGCAAUUUCAUUCAGGCCACUUGCUGUACCACUUUGAAUAAGAAACUGAGAUCUGUAUUACAUAUCCAUUAAUUCCAUUAUGCAAGACUACCACUGGAAACCAUUACUGAAAGAUUUCUGUUACUUCCUGGUUUCUGCAGAAUAUUUUACCCCAAGUGAGAGAGCGUUAGAGACAAUGUAUAUGGUUUUAUUUAUUUAUUUUAUGGAAUACAUUGUUUUAAAGCCUUAUUUCCGUAAUUGCUUAUAGAAAGGUUUAGGAAUACAAUUCCAAACUGGAGUGUCCUUAUCCGUAUACUGUCAGGCUUUUGCGGUGCAGUGUUGCAAUUUAUUUUUUUAUUUUAUUUUCAUAUCUUACGACGAUUAGAUUCUGUAAAUAUUUCUGUUUAUUACAACUUUCUGUUGAUCCUUCAGAUUCGUGUUGACGAAGUAAACAAAUUGGUGUAUUUUGAGGGCACAAAGGACACACCUUUAGAACACCACCUGUAUGUUGCAAACUACGAGACGCCAGGAGAGGUUACCAGACUCACAGACCUGGGUUACUCCCACUCUUGCUGCGUCAGCAAGGUAAACAUGAAGGGUGCACUUUUCUCUAACAUUUCAAUGAACUUUUAAUGAUCAUGUAUUAACCUUCAGGAAAAUCCUUUAAGUAUGCAGUGUAAAAAGAAGGCUAAAAUCCGAUUUUACACACUUUAGUACAGUGGUAUAGAUAAUUACUGCAAUAAUUUCUGUAACAAAUUAUACUGGGCAUUCAUGUUACUGGUAGGUAAUGUCAACAUGAACCAUAAUUUAAGACUGAUUUCACCCUCAGUAAGAAGUAAUAUUAUUUUUCUACAGAAUGAUAGCUGGUGUAAAAAUAAAAAAACAAACAAAAACAAACUAAACUAGUAUUCACAAACAUAAUUAAAGGAUUAGUCCAACUGGCCAUGUUCUCCUUUCUGGUCUCAAGUGCCGUCACUUUUCGUGCACCCACACUGCCAGAUACGCACAGAAUUACCAUAACAUAUUCCACAAUUCUUGUUACGGUCUUCAUCAUGAUGCUCGUAGAGGUGAAGAUACAACUCUAGCGUCAAAGGGGUUUAACUCCCUAUGUUCACAGAGUUCUGAAUCCCCAAUUGCACCAAUGAUUUGUUUAUGGAAGUAAUUUUUUUAGUGGAUUAAAGUGUGGUCCGCAGAAAGUCCUACUCUACUGAUGGAGCUGGACGAUGAUUCCAUUAUACUGUGCUUCACUCUCGAAUCAUACACAAAAUGCUCAAAUUUACUACUCACCUUGGACUUACACCCUCUGAAAAAUCGAGCCGUUUGAUUUGUCGAAGACUUUUAUUAAUUAAUAGAAAUGUUUUAAAUGUAUCCCUUUAUAAAGUUUUAAGUGUGCUCUAUUCUUCAGAAGCUGCACUUGGGAAUACAUCGAAGUACCUAUCACUUUUGAUUCCCUGGUCCUCAUUUGCUUAAUAGCUACAUUAGCUUUGAAUUAUAUUAGGUCUAGCAUACUAUAGUCACACAAGGUUGUGUUUUAUUGGGUGUAAGUGAGAGAAGUGCUGAAUAUACCUUGAAUAUAAACAUUUUUAUUUUAUAUUGACUUUAUAUUCUGUUUCAUGCUUAGUGGCCUCUUACCUGCUUUUCUUUUUUUUUAAAUUCCCUUUAUUCAACUUUGUACCUCCAAUUUAGACAAGUGAUACUCAUUCACAAAGGUGUAAUAUUAUUGUAGUUCUCAAGCACUCUUCAGCACAGAACGUUCGAUUUUCUCGGUAUGCAUAAUACCAAUAAAAUCGAGCAUAUUCUCGUGUUCCUACUUUUGCAGCAUUGCGACAUGUUCAUUAGCAGAUACAGCAGCCAGACCCUCCCGCACUCUGUUCAUCUAUUCCGCCUGACAGGCUCUGGAUCUGAUGCGUUCCAGAGGGACAAGGAAUUCUGGGCCACACUUUUAGAGUCACCAGGUGAUUAUGGAAUGUUAUUAAUGAAUGGUAUGAUGCUAUUUAUGAAAGCUUACGGAUGAGAUUGUUUCAAAAUAACAUCCUAGCCCUUUUUUGUUAUAUUUGAUAUAUUUAUAUAAUAUGUAUAUGGAGUGUUGGAUAGUGUUGGAAACUCAUACACUGUUUGCUAGUAUUAAUCUGUCUAAUGCUACUCCCUUAGGAACACUACCUGGAUACAUUGCCCCAGAGAUAUUCUCCUUCCCCAGUCGGACAGGUUUUACUUUGUACGGGAUGAUGUAUCGACCUCAUCAGUUGCAACCAGGCAAAAAAUAUCCAACAGUUGUUUUCAUAUAUGGGGGACCUCAGGUAAGAUCACCAUAACAAACCAUAACAAACAUUUAUAUGAAAGGGUAGUGCAGUCAAAAUUAUAAAAAUUGCUUAAAGGGUGACCAUACAUUGUGCUAUCACUAUAUAGCAAUUGGAUAUAUGUGUAUACAUACCUCCCAAGUGUUCCUAUUUAGGAAGGACAGUCUCUAUUUUUUUUCUUUCUUAAUGUCCCUCGUUCGUAUGAACUCAAUAUUAUUGGUGUGUAACAGAGAGAGUGUGUAAUACUCGCAGUAAUGUCUUUAAACGGCAAAAAAAGGUUUAAAAAGCAGGCACUGUAAAUAAAAUACAUUGUUCUUGUUCAAAAUGACAUAUUACUUCCAUAAAUUGUUGUUGGCAAGUCACCUUAAAUUUCUCAGAAUAGCCCAGCUCCUGGCCGCACACCCACCCCUAAAAUUACACUGUCUCUCUUUGCCCAUCUGAAAUGUUUGCAUGUAUGAUAUGUGUACAGUGUGCUGUAUAAAAGAAACUCCAAAAAUACCUUGACUGACAGAUGUGCAUAUAUCUGCCCAUCAUUGAAUGAUGUGAGUAGUAUCCAUUUUGGUAGCCAUCUUGGAAGAGGCAGAAACAUGAAUUUGACACAUUUUUCUUGAGCAUUAAACCUUUCCCGGCUUUAGGGCGUGGUGUGUCAUCCUACAAAAUGAGGGCUUUAACACCAUUAGAGCAGCAUAGCACACCCUAAUGAUCUGGCCAUUCCUUCACCUCAAAUACUUACCCUCCACCGAAAUCCGUGGCCUGUCUGACAAUUCAGGCAGUCCCCCUGCAGCCAAUCCGAGUCAUGGGACUGCUUGAGGCGUUGGUCAACCCCAGGACCUGACAUGACCCACAAUGUCUAGCAGCACAAAUCAACCAGCUACUAGCAACAGGCUCCCACUUUGACUUGCUAAUACAAUGAAGAGCAAUACCAGCUGUUGCUAGAUCCUUGCAACCAAGAGGUGGAGCUGUACGGGCUCCACAGUCAAAUCCACCUAGUUGAUUUCAAGCAUUAGCAAGUCAAGAGAGCACACUAACAUUUAACACUAAACAAUUACAUUACACGCACCCUGCACCCACAAUGGGUACAGGGUUACUUAAACGUAGGAAUCCUCCAGAGAUCUUAUUGAAGUGUCCAUCUUAUGCUCCCAGUGAUGGUGAUUGCCAUCACAAUCACUGAGGCACUAAUCCUAGCAGCACAGGAACAGGCACCAAAUCAAUAGAAGCGGGGAUCUACCAAACCAGACAGGACCCAAGGUGCAGACUGUGUAGAGGCAUCUUAGACAAUCCAGCACAUAGUAGCUUGGUGCAAGAUGUUAGCAGGAACAACCAAGUUGCUGGGAUUUUGUAUUGAAAUAUCUGUGCACUGAAAUAUCUGUGCAGAAUAUGGGCUGGAUCUGUCUAACUCCACCAGUAGGAUAGGAUGUGCUGUAGUACUCGCAAAAGAUUGCAGAACACAACGAGGGUGAUUGAGCAGUAAAAUGUAUAAGGACUACGAUAUCAUCAGUGAAAGUGCAUUUUUUGUGUGAAAAAUGCAGAAAACCAAUAUGAACACUAACUUUUAUUAAAAAAAGACUGGACAUACCCCAUUUUGAAUACCCUUUGUGUUUACUUUUGGUGGGUAAAUUUAAUUCCAGGGCUGCCAUGUGUUCUUAUAUGCAAUGUAGGCCCAGCAAACCAAUCUGGCAAAUUUCAAUGUUUAAAAGCUGAAAUGGGCAAGCCCUAUAUUUGACCCUCUCAUUUUCAAAAAAACGAAUUAAACCCGUAUGUGGGAAGCAUUGUAAAUAUGUGUAUUUUAUAGGAGUAAAAGCAUGGAGAAAUGCAUGUUUAAAUAGUAAUCUCCUUCUUGCAGGUCCAGCUAGUAAACAAUCGAUUCAAGGGAGUGAAGUAUUUCCGCCUCAAUACUCUAGCUUCACUGGGGUAUGUUGUAGUUGUCAUUGACAACCGCGGCUCUUGUCAUCGUGGACUGAAGUUUGAAGGUGCCUUCAAAUACAAGAUGGUAAGGAACAUGUAUAGGAUUACUGAAAGCGAGCCGAGCCAUCCCUUUAAUAAAAUUUGUGUCACUUACAAGAUAUGAUCUUUUUAUUUCUUUUCUGGAGAGUAACCAAGAGGAAUGAUCCAUUCUAGAGUUGACACCCUUUUUAUGCAUUAUUUAGGUAAUGCAGAAAAUACAAAAAAGGCAAACCUUAAAUGUUCACCUUUGGUUUUCCUCAAUUUGGUGAAAAUUCCCAGGGUCUACAGAAACAAAAGAGUUUUCUCAGCCAUGCCUAUUGCUCGGAUAGAGUGCAGAUGAUUAUCACAUAUAUCUUUGUGAAAUUUUUACACAUGAGAUUUUUGAACAUCCGAAUAGUUAACUUUAAUUAAGCCACUGUUGUGCUUUUUUUUAAAUCUACCAUAGUUUUUAUUGAUUUUUAAUUUACAUUCUCUAUUGGAGGUUGACCUGUAUCUGCAACAGAUGAAAAAACAAAGGGGUCCAUUGCACUCAACCUAACAUGCUUAAAUGGGGUACUGCUGGGGGGGGGAGGGGGGCAAAUAGAUACAGUAAAAAAUGAGAAACCAGGAGUGCACUGGUUUCUCAUUUUUUAUUGUAUGUAUCUGCAACAGUUCUUCCCAUUUUUCAAGCUAAACUGAAUGAGGAGAAGGGGUCAGUGAGCUUCAUGCCCCUGUAACCUGUGCAAAGGGCAUCAGUUAUUUUGAUGUUUGAAAUAUCUCUGUUUUGUACCCAGUACGACAAAUUAAACUCACAUGUUUUUUGGGUUAAGUGCACAUUUUCAUUGCUUGGUAAAAUGACUAUCCUUCGAUGCCUGGGGACACAGACACACAUGCUACACCUUACCACAUCUGCUUUUAUUAAGCCACUCUGCUUUUAUGUUGCUAGACAUAUGCCUGGUAAUUUGUGGUAACAUCUAUUUAAAUGCUAUAGAACAAUUUAUUUAUUUUGGGACACCUGCAGAAAGGGACACACUUUUCUUUCUAUCCUCUUUGUGCAUUGUCUUGGUUUACAUGGUUGACAGACUUGGCCUUUUCUAUUUACAUUUAGGGUCAAGUGGAAAUAGAUGACCAAGUGGAAGGUCUGCAGUACCUGGCUGCUAAAUACCGCUUCAUUGACCUGGAUAGAGUGGGGGUCCAUGGAUGGUCUUAUGGAGGCUAUCUGUCCCUUAUGGCCCUUAUUCAGAGACCUGAUAUAUUUAAGGUAAGUACUCCUUGGGCAUGUUCCUUAGAGACUUGUAGUAUUUGAGAAUACCAUGGCAAGAAUGUCCAUCCCUUGCAUCCUAAUUUUACUUCAUAAUUAAUUAAUUACAUUCUAUUCUUCACUAAUCUUAACAUGCUUUCCUACCUGAUUGAGUAGUUGCGAAAAUUAAGCAGCUCCUGCUUACCUUUUUUUAGGAGUUUAUAUUAGAUAAACUCGUUGAGGCUGCAACUGUCAAUACACUAUCUUAGCAUUUCUGUUCCCCUCUGCUAGGCAUGUGCCACUGUGUGUCAUAACCUUGACCUGGAUCAGUAAUCUCAUGAUUGGGUCAAGCCCCAGGUAAAUAUAAAGGUCAACGAGUUGUCUGUUUUCCUCAUAGUUGUUACUGGGGGAUGAAUUUGAAUCUUUGUAAUAGUUACUUUUGGAUGGAGUUUAAUUAGUUACUCUUUCCUCUUGGUUAUAAAUGUAUCUUCCUCUCCCGUACUUUUAGUUUUUCUUGUGAAACUUUCCUUAAGUACAAUAUCUGUUGUCAAUCUCUUGCCAUUCCCACAUUUUCAAUGCCCCCUUUUCUUCUGAUAUAGGUGGCCAUUGCAGGAGCUCCUGUGACUCUCUGGAUCUUCUAUGAUACAGGAUAUACUGAGCGGUACAUGGGUCACCCAGACCAAAAUGAGCAUGGCUACUACCUUGGAUCUGUGGCCAUGCAGGCUGAAAAGUUCCCAUCUGAGUAAGUGUCAGAAUACUCUUUGUUGUUGUUUGUAUGUUAUAAGUCAGACAUGUAAAUAGCAAAAUGUAAUCUUCUGUUCACUACAUUAAAUACAUUGCUUCGCAUACAGUUCUGCCCUGUUGUUCUCCAUAUCUUGGAUAAUAACAAUGAAUAAACGUGUAGCAUCAAUAAGAAAAAGUGAUUUGUACUCCGGUAUGGGCCUAUAUAACUUUAUUUGUUUCAGGUCUCAAAAUUUCCACUCACCACUAGCCGUGGGGAGUAAUUUUUAACACCCGGCUAGUAACAUAGGACUUAAAAUUUUAAGCCCUGCUUGUUUUAUUAAUUACUUAACACACUAUACACUUUUGGAUGUUCCAGUUGUAAUACCUACUAUCUGUUUCACAGGCCUAACCGCUUGCUCCUCUUACAUGGCUUCUUAGAUGAGAAUGUGCACUUUGCUCACACAAGCAUUCUGCUCAGCUUCCUUGUACGCAGUGGGAAACCAUACGACCUGCAGGUGAGAUCUCAAAGUACCUUCAAAGAACUAGCGCAACUUACAAAGUGCUUGUCACUAUGUAUGUUUAGUGUAUAUAUCUCACAUUAGGGGUUUGUAGGAUUGAGGGGGAAAAAAAAAACUGGUUGUAGGGAGGUCCCUGUCCCAUAGGGUGUUUGAAUGUUUGAUUCCAGGCUUUGUGAAAACAAACUUGUAUUUGAUGCAUAUCUAGAUUGCAUGUAAAAAUAUACAGUCAGAUUUCCUAUACUUUAUUCACCCAUCAUACAUUUCAACCCUGUGUCUUACCUAAGAAGUAAUUUUGGGAUGGGUAGAAAAACCCUGAUAGAAGUGAAUUGGUCUGUGGGAUGUUUUUGUUUUCUGUUGGGUUUUUUUUCCCUCUCACAUAUUUGAGUUGUCCAAAAAUCAACUAUAGUUGGGUAAAAUAAUUAAAAUGUAUUCCAUGCCUGCUCACCAUUUUUAUGUUAUUAAAAAAAGUUAUGUGCUGUGUGCUUUCUAUUAUACAGAUAUAUCCUCAAGAACGUCACAGUAUCCGGGUACCUGAAUCAGGAGAACAUUAUGAACUACAUCUCCUCUACUACUUGCAGGAAAAUUUGGGUUCCCAAAUAGCAGUAACCAAAUCUUUAUGAGAUGGUUAGGGUAUAUGGGUCUUGCAGCCCUACAGCUGCCAGCAGAGUUGGACACCUGCUGGCCUUGCGUACCUAGCCUGUUUCGAGGUAGGCUAUCAGAGAAGAGGGAAUCAUAGGACUUAAUCCAUACUGUGCUCAUAGAUAUUCCAACAGUGUUUCUUUGGACAUUCAAGGGAUAAUCUGUGCUCAUGACAGCACUAAAUCAGAUUUGCAUCUAGCGGGAGAGUAACUUUCCACCUCACCCUCCCCAUACAUCUUUAAAUAGGUGUAACUGUGUGGUCCCUGAUCUCUCCUUUGAUCAAUUCUGAAACCAUGAGGGUGGCUUUUUUUUUUUUUUUUGUGUGGCAUGCUUCAGAACAUGCAUAAAGAAAAUCACAGCCACACAAAUAACACACUCAUUAGAUAUGAAAAGAGACUUGUACAUACCACCUGAAAAAGACACAAACCCGAUAUUUGCUCGUUUUGUUCUGAUGGCCUAGACUUACUGUCACUGGGCAGAAGUUGUAAUUUUUUAUUUUAUUUUUUUCCUUUUGUCAUGUUUUUAUUUAUUUGUGGAUCAUGCUGUUCAACCAGGUGCACAUUUUGGAGUGCCUUCCAGAUUCAUCUCUCUGGCUCCUUCCUGCUGACUGUUUUGGCAAAUUGAGUACCAAUGCAUGGGUUUUUGAACCACGUAAAUCUGUCACCGUUGCUGUUGGUUAUCAUUCACCAUUGUCCAUCAGAUGCUUUUCUUUCUGAAUGAGCAAUGAGUCAAAUCAAAACAAGUUUCAAGAAGAGAGGUGAGCAUGUUGGUUUCUUAUUAAUGUCUGCCAGGCACCCUCUGCAAUUCUGCAGAGAAAAGGCUACACUCAAGCUUGGGCUCCUAUUCCCUAGGCUUUUUUACCUCCUUUAUGCAGCAACUUUUCUUUAAAUUCCUGAUUGUGCCAGGGUUCCACCCUAGAGGUGGCUUACACAAGUCAACCUUUUUUCAAAGCACUUUAUAAUGGAAAGGUGCUAUCUCAACUGCUACUUGAAGAUUUUAUUAGAUUGUUUGCAAUUUAGAUUUUCAUAAACCCACCCUGUCUGCAGUAAACCUUUGCUUGCAGUCUGGGUUUGCAGUGAUUGACGACCAAGUGCUGCAGGAAAUGGGAUUUCUCAGACCAUAAAUCCUCCUGGAAUUGUAUCUCAGGGUGGUAUUUUGCAGGGUGCAUCCUCUGUUACAUUUCUUUGUGCAAUGAGAAAUCGGAAUUUUAAUGCUGACCGUGUUCCAAGAAAUGAUAGAUUAUGGCAUCUAUUUUGAACACACAAACCUUUCUCCAGGAAAAAGCACCACUCAGAGUUAGGAUCUGCAAGGUAGCCUGUAGCAUGUUGGGAUUCAUGGUUAGUCUGCCUGGCAUCUGGUUCAACAGCAAUCUACCCCUCUAGAAAUAAGGAAUCGAAGUCAAUGAAUCCAAACUCCCUGCAACUGCUCUUCCAGGUGCAUUAAUUAUCAUACAUGGAGGCUAGGCUAAUGUGAAUUUCUUGGCACAGAGGAAAAACACAUUGACUCGAAAGGCCUGGUAACUUCCCGUGUGUUAAGUAUCAUGAACAUAGACAUCCUCCUCUACAGGAUUGUAUGUCUGCUGCUGAAUUUUUACAUUUGGCUAUGCCUGUUGAUUACAUGCCAUUUUACACAGGACCUCUGAGAAGAGGAAAUUACAACUCCAUUCCUAGAAGGUGCUGAAUUUGACUGAAUCCUGCUCAAGUUAAUGAUAAAGAGGAAAAUGCAUUCAAAUUCACAUUUUAGGAAUCAAGAUUGUGACAUAUAAUGACUUUAAAUUAUUUAACCUUUUAGUCAAAAUAUUUUGGCAACACCCAUACUUGUAGGCAUAUAUAUGUGUUAAUACAUGCAUUGUCUUUUUCCUGCCUUAUAAGUUGUUUUGUUGCUAAGAAUUUUUCUUUGUGUGUUUUUUUUGGAUGUGCAACAAAUGCAUAGAUAUUAUUGAUUUUGCCAGCCACCUAGAACAAAACACAAGCAUCCCUGUUCAGCUAUCCUGUACAUUUUUUCCAGUCUAAAGUGUUUUUAAAGGAAAUGUAGUAAUAUGAAUUUUUAUUUUAAAAAGAAACUGUAGUUAUAUGAAAUCUUAUUUUAAUUGUCCAUCCUAAACUAUUAAUCUUCAUCAUCAUGUCACUGGUAUAGUUGCGUUGCUCCAUUCACACAGAAAACAUAAAGGUGCCAUACGCUGUGCUGUUUAAAAGAUAUGCUAUGAUCUUUAAAGAAAGGACAAUACACUAAUUAUGUGUCUUGUCGUUAUUUCAUUCUACUUUUUAGUACAUUAGCUAUCUUUAUUUAAAAUUGAAAAACACCCUUUAAAUGGGAAAUUAUUAUGGAGAUAGAUAAUAGCAUUUGAUGGCCACGUUCAUAAUGUUGCAAGAGGUUUUGCUUUUACGGGAAUUAUAAUUUCAUAAUUGUUCAUUGUGGAUACUGGUUUUCCCCUGAGUUACUAUGAUGUUUCUCGCAACCAGUCUAGGCUGAAAACUAGUCUCAUUGCUUACAUUCCACCUAUACAAGUAUUGAACCAAAAAUGUAUAUAGUUUCCCAUAGAUGAUUUGGUUAAUUCAUGGACAUGACUUAGAGCUGUACAAGGACUUCCAUAUGAUUGGUGUUUCAUCGCAUUGUGCAGAUCUAAUAACUCCCUGUUUUUAUUAACAUGGUAAUUUAGGGUGGAAAGACUUAAAUGAUAUUUGAUCCAAGAGCCACUACACCAUUAAAAUAUAGGGUUGUUAGUGAAUGCUUGGGGAUUGUUAGUUUAGUUACUAAUAGCCUCUGCUGUCCUGGACAUAUGUAGAUUCUGUCCUGAGAUUGUGAAUCCCACAAUACACCACGGCAUUCUGAGCAUUACAGGAAAUAUUUUACAGAUGAUAUUCUCUCACAACAAAGUAGGGGUAGUUAAUUUAUUGAAAACAUGACCUGCUCUAUGUAAUAAUGGGUAAGUGACAGAACUGAUUUAACUCUUCUUGGAAGGCUCGCUAUAAAUACAAUAAAAACUCAAACUGACCAGUAGUGGUUAUGGAGCAAAGGUUAUGUUGGGUGUCACGUGUCUGAUGUGUAUACAAACUACUGAUCUUAUGGCAACUAAAUCUCAGCCACUUGCUACUAAAGCGGAAAUUAACUUCUCUAGUAAAUCAGGAGCACAGAUGAUGGUUUUGUUCUUAGCAGAAAUGUUUCAGUGGGGUUGAUGUCAGGGAUCUAUACAGGUAAGUCAUAUUGCUUUACCCAAUCUCAAGAAAGUAUUGCCAUGUUACCACACUCUGUGUGACCUGAGACGGGGUGAUGGUGGAUCCAGAAAAUGCAUUUGUACUACAAUUUGUGCAAAAGAUGUGAUGACAAGUUUGGGUAUAAUAUUGUAUGCUGUAGCGUAAAGGAAGUCUCUUUGACCUUUGCAUUUUAUUUUAGGGGAUGUGGCUAAAAAGGUCAAAUCCUCUAAAUAAAAGAAGUGUCUGCAUAUUUUAUCUUGUGCAAUGUGUUUAUUCUGCCAGUCUGGGGGACGCAUUGCAAUCUCACAUCACACUUGUAAUCACUGCUUACAACAUUGUCAGAGUAAGAUGUCUCAACAGCUUAAUAAACUUUUCUAGAACAUAACAUUGUUUUAGUGAAAAAAAUUAAACCUUUAAAGCAGCUCUUACACUUUGGGCGUGGGGGUCUUUGCACAUUUUGCAAAGAUCCUCGGUGGUGAAUGCAAACAUGCUUAUCUGAAGUGUUCCCAUGUGGAUGCCACCGUCUUUCUUUAUCCUCCGGGAAUGGGAGUCACUGCUGUACAG